AUGCUUCUGCAGGUACUGCAAGCACAGCCACCAGUGCCCAUCACAAUAUCCGCCACACCUCCUGAAGUGAGCACUUCACCCGAGCGGCUAAGCGUUCAGACUGUACCAGCUGCUUCUGCUGCAUCGGAACCGACAACUUCCAGGACCCCAGACGCUUCUGUCAAUGUCUCCGAAGCAGCUGCAAUUCCCUGCUCAGCCCCAGCGGCUACCUUGCCACGAUACGAGAACAACGCCGGUGGUCGACCAAUUCGAAGUCUGCGUACUCCAAUGAAAGAGAUAACCACAUUGGAUCGACCUGAAGAGUUGGACGAGUUCAUGGAACAAGGCGAAGAGGCGUGUAUAGCCGAUAUGAAGCAGUUCAUCACACAGUAUUCACUUCGUCAAACUACCGUCGCAAUGAUGACCGGCGUAUCGCAACCGUACAUCUCGAAACUCCUCAACGGUAAUCAUCGUGAAUUAUCGCUACGAUGUCGAAAAAACAUAUACUGCUGGUAUUUGAAUUGUCGACGACAUCCACAUAAACUUUUUGAGCUUAUCCUUGCACGUUACCUCUAA